GUCGACCCUCCAUCAAAUGACACUUCACUAGGGACAUCUGCAGAAACAACACACAUGAGACUGCUGUGAACAGACAUGAAUGAGCAUAACAGAAUGAAAUUGAGUGUGAUGAUUCUCUCUCCACUUCUGCUGAGCUGUGUAUUUGGUGACAACGCUCAAAUGAAUCUGAUAUUUAGCAGAGGACUUCGACUUAUUGUGGAAGUUCCACAUGUUGUUUUUCAUCAUCUGGGGACUCCAAAGGUGCAUCUUCUUCUACCAGUCCAAGUUCAGAGUAAACGUCCCGGCGCAGUUACACUUGUGUGUGUCAUCACUGGUUUACGGUCUAAAGCCGUCCGGAUCACAUGGAAGGUGAACGAAACAUCAGGCCUCAGAAAACACACCAGCACGGCUGAAGUCCACAGAGGACCCAGGGGGACGUUUUCUGCUGUGGGACUGUACACAGUUCUCGCUCAUAAAUGGAGUCAUGAGAACACGUACCAGUGUGAGGUAACAUACAAAGAAAGAUUUAACUACAAUAAGGCAGAGUCUUCUCUCUGUAACCCCCCUUUUUAAUUUAUUCUAGACUGUAUUUGUUAGUUUUGUGUCUAUUUUAGUGAACACUAUCUGAUAAUAAAUUUUCAGAUGUUUUUGGUCUAAGCAUCUAAAAAUGUGUUUUCAGAUAUUAUACAUAUACUGUGUGUUUAAUAAACAAGCCACAACUGAAUUCUAGUUUUAGGAAAAGUUUACGAGAACUUGUAAUUGGGCGAAAAUGCUAUGUUUAUAAUCUAAUAAAGUCAUUUUGUCAUACUAUAUGCAUUUUACUUUGCAACUUGAAUACAUGUACAUGUUUUCGAUGAAGAUUGUUCUAUAUUUUGAGAUUAAAGUAAUACAAUUGUGACAGUAUAACUGUCCAGAGAUCAUCAUGAUCUAACACAAAUAAACUAUUAGAUGUCAUUUUUGUUCAAGAGAGCCACACUUUUUCCC